AUUCGAUUAAUAACAACACUGAGUUAGUACGAACCCGUUGUACUUUUCUUAUGUUCAUCUGAGUGAAUUAAAUUUUUUAAUUCUAUUCCUAAGGUUAAGUUAUGUCUCUGUUUGAUUAUUUUGAGGUAUCGAUGCCUUUGCUUAGCAUCACUUCAGGGCUCAUCUUUAUUGUGAUCUUAAACUAUAUUAUUUCUUCAAUCAAUCGCGUGCAAAAAAUACCUCCUGGACCUUGGGGACUUCCACUUGUUGGAUAUUUGCCUUUUAUCAAUGAUGAUUCUUACCUUUUCUUUGAUAGAUUGGCCAAAAAGUAUGGACCAGUUUUUAGUCUAAGAUUGGGUCAACAUGAUGUCGUCGUUAUUUGUGACUGGGAACACCUUAAACUGGCCUUUGCUGAUGAAUCGCUAUUGGCUCGACCUCUUUCGACCUUCAAGCCUGGUGAUGUACCUUCGUUCAUGGAAAUGUCCGGUGAUAUAUGGCGUGAACAUCGUCGUCUUUCAUUGCACAUCCUUCGAGAUGUUGGUUUUGGUAAAAGCGCAAUGGAAAACUUGAUAACCAAAGAGAUUAACCAAUUCUUACCUACACUUGAAGGUCGAAAUGUCGAUUUCAUCAAAAAAGUUCAACCGAGUGUUGCAAACAUAAUAUCGAGCUUCUUGUUUGGAAAAGUGUCAGUCUAUUCUGACCCACUGAAGAUUCAGCUGGAUACCAAUAUUGAGAACGCAGCAAAGUUAUUUAAAUUUGCCGGUCUGCAGGCGUUUGUACCUUGGUUGAUAAAAACUUUGGCUUUUUUUGGAUUAUCAAACUUCAAACAAUUCAAAAGCUACAUGGAGGCAGCAGAAACGGUAAUUCAAAAGCAUGUUGAUGAUCAUGUGGCUAAAGACAAAGACUCACAUGAAAUUGUCGAUUACAUUGAUGGAUAUUUACAAGAACAUGAAAGAAGAAAAAUCAAAGGUGAAGAUGACAACAUGUUCAAUUUGCACAUUUUAAGACGAAAUGCGACAGUUUUUUUCGGCGCUGGAUCAGAGACCAUCACCAGUACUCUAUCAUGGGGUAUGAUGUUUCUCGCUGCAAGACCUGAAUAUCAAGAAAAGAUUCGAGAUGAAAUAAGUGAAGUCAUCGGUUAUGAACGAGACCCUAACUACACCGAUCGAAAUCAGAUGCCGUUUACAAUGGCCUUUCUUUACGAAGUUCAAAGAACUGGUUCAGUCGCAGCAACUAAUCUACUUCGACGAGCUCUCAAUGAUACCAAAAUUGGAAAGUUUUUCAUACCUAAAGAAGCAACUAUAAUUUUUAACCUAUGGAGUAUCCACCGGGAAGAAAAACUUUGGCCUGAUCCAGAGAGAUUCGACCCCAAUCGCUUCUUAACUGACAAUGGAACCAAGGCAUUCAAACCUCCCUAUUUGGUGCCAUUUAGUAGCGGAAAAAGAAACUGUCCCGGCGAGAGUUUAGCUAAUGUGGAACUAUUUCUGUACACUGUUAGCAUCUUACAAAGAUAUCGAAUCAAACCUGAGAAAAUAGAUUCUGAUCUUCUCUCAGAAGCGGUCUAUGGUAUUGCUCGACGGCCGAAACAUUUACCACCAUUGACUUUCGAAAAAUUCAAACCAUAAUCAAUCAAACGUCUCUAGCCUUAGAUUUACAUGAAAAUUCAUACAUUCUAUUGAUUAUUAUUAAAACAUAUUAAUAAAUUCUUACUCAAAAUUCAAAAGCUUAUCAAGUUAUAAUCAAUUUAAUAAUCUACGACUUAAAAAUCAAAAUUGGUGCAUCAAAUUGUUAAGAUUAUCUCAAUCUUUAUGACAUGAAAAGUUCCCAAGUUUCUGUCAAUUAAUAUAACGUAAAUGUAAUUUCAUUUGUAAUCCGAAGGAAUUGAUUUGAUCAUUCACACUGAUUAGUUAAAAUCACUAGUCAUUAGCAAGAAAUGUUCAGCUGACUAUUUGUUUCAACUCUCCACAAUAAUGAUCUAUCUCUGUUUAUUAAAGAUGUGAUUAGUAUCUGA